AUGGCGCAGUUUAUGGAAGCAUUGACUAAUGUGACCAAGGGGCAGGAUGACUUGCGGGUUCUCGUCGAGAACUCCAGAAGGGUUGAGAAUGGAGGACAUUCGGGGCUGUUUGACGAUGUGUCUGGUAGAAUUGACGAUCACCAUGAUCUGAAUGAGUUUGAUCACGUAUCGAGGCAUAGUGUUGAUGGUGCACAUGAUGAAGUUGAAAGGACUCAGUUGCAGAGUUUGGUUCAGGGGUCUAAAGAAUCUUUCAAGGAGUACGCUCAGAAAUGGCGUGAGUUAGCUGCAAGGUUUCAGCCACCGAUGAUUGAGCGUGAAAUGAUUGACAUGUUCACCAGUACUUUGUCUGGACACUAUUACUUGGCUUGUAGUGCUUCGGCCAACUUUUCUGAAAUGUUAGGAGCUUCUUCUAAUACUCCUAGUGGUAAGAAACAAGCUGAGGGUUAUGCCAGAAGGAAGGAAGGAAAUGCAGAUGCCAUAUAUGGAAGAAGGGGUUCAGGGAGAAGCAAUUCACAGGUUAAUGCUGUCAUGAUCCCAGUACCGCAGCAACAACAACAACAUCAGCAUGGACAGCAUUCCAGUAAUGAUCGCUAUCCUCCCAGGACUAGGCCUCACAGAAAGAUUGAUCCGAUUCCUAUGACCUAUGCUCAGGUGUUGCAACAUUUGCUUAAGAUUGAGAAGAUUACUUUGAGACAUGCUCCGAAUGCUCCGGACACACAAUCUCCGAAUUACAAUGCGAAUGCACGAUGUGCUUUCCACUCAGGUGCUGCUGGGCAUGAUACGGAGAGGUGCAUUGCGUUGAAGAACAAAGUCCAAGAUUUGUUGGAUCAAAAGAUAAUCCAAUUCACUCCUACACCCAAUAUUGUCAAUAAUCUGAUGCCUGCUCGCGGAGGUUCGGGUGUGAAUGUCAUUGAGAGUGAAGAGAUAAGUGUUGUAUCUGAUGUGGGCUGUUUGACUUUUCCUCUUGUGUCUGUGAAGCAACAUCUGGUUAAUAACGGCAUCUUCCCGGGCUGUGGCGUUGAUUGUGAGAAUUGCAAGAGUCAACCCGAAGGUUGUACUGAUUUGAAAGCUAUGGUACAAAAGCUGAUUGAUGAGGGUCCUCUUCAGUUUUAUCGAAGGUUAAGAGGUGCGAGAAAUAAUGAUGGCGAAGUGGCAGUGAUUUCGAUUCCUUAUGAGCCAGUUAUUCCAAUAUGUAUCCAAGUGCCUAUUCAGAUACCUGUCAGUAUUCCAUAUGAGGAACAACCAGCGGCGUUGAUGAUUACCGUGCCAGGGCCUAUUCCAUAUGAUAGUGAGAAGGCCAUCCCUUGGCAUUAUGGGUCAGACGUGUAUUACUAUGGCACGAAGGAGGAGGGCGAGCCAUCUAAAGAGAAGUUUGUGGAAGCUGCAGUUGCAAACACUGAUAAUUUCGCUGGUACUGGUAGAAUUACUCGCAGUGGUAGGGUGUUCUCCUCUCAGCUUGUUCAAAAUAAUGCAGGUGCUUUGGCUAAGGCCAAAGGAAAACAAGUAGUGACUGAUGUCCAGAAUUCUUUGACUCAGAAUGGGGCACCUGAUAAUGCUGUAUCUUCCAAGGAUGUGGAAGAAUUGUUGAGAAUCAUCAGGAAAUCUGAUUACAAAGUCGUUGAGCAGUUGGGUCAGACCCAGUCAAAGAUUUCCAUCUUGCAAUUAUUGAUGUGUUCGGAACUAGAGGCGGUGGCCAAUAACAUUUCUGCUGGAAAUGGUUUGGGGUUUACUGAUCGUGAUCUUCCUCCAGGAGGGAGGAACCAUAACAAGGCUUUGCAUAUUUCGAUGGAGUGCAAAGGGACGACCUUGUCCCGUGUUUUGGUUGAUACUGGGUCUUCUUUGAACGUGCUUCCCAAGUCGGCCCUCAUGCGAAUUAACUAUGCUGGUGUGGAGUUAAGGCCUAGUGAAUUGGUGGUGCGCGCGUUUGACGGUUCAAGGAGGUCUGUGUUCGGAGAGAAAAAAAAUAUGAUUAUAUGCUGUCAAAUGGUGGCUCCUCAACCACCCUCGUCUGAAACAGUAUUUGUUCUGGAUAGAGUUCCUCAAUCAUAUGCCCUCUCUUACCCAGAUAAGCCAAUCUCCUCUCUCAAUCCUCAAACUCCCAUCUCUCCUCCCAAAUAUAAACCCCCAAGACCUUCUGUUGAUGCAAGUUUUGAGUUUUUAUCUAACAAGAAAGAGUGCUUAGCUGCUGCUCCUGGACCUUCUGGAUUCCUUCUGGAGUAUGAUGAUGGAAGAUACUACCAUCCCAUCACCAGCUGGAAGCCUCUUGAAGAGAAAGAGUUUGUUGAUGGGCUUGAAGAAGAAAAUCCUCUAGCAAUCUUUGUGUGGAAGCCACAUCCAUACAAGGUUCUGACUGGAGAUUUUCAGGCCUUGUUCAACUGA